AUGGCAAAAUUACUUCAAAUGCAAGUAAGAAUCUUACCUAAACAUCAGAACGGCAGCGAGGUGCAUAAUGACACAAUCGGCGUUGCGAAAGUUGCUUUUCACGGCGCAAUGUAUAUGUGCCUGUUGAUGGCGCUUGAAUCUGACCAGCCUCUAGCAGCGCCACUACUAAAGGGCGGCACUUUAAGGCGGGGGACGGAGAGCAGCAAGGAAAUCUCCAGUCUCAUCCUGCGGCCAACUGCAAAGUGCAGAUGGGGAAAGUACUCUCAUCCUUUGUGCGGGCUGAACUUUACUAAGGCUUCUAUAGAACCUGUGGCGAAGAGUGUCACAGAUAUCACCUCGUUGUUUCAAGGCAUUGGGUUGCCUGAUGGGGCGUGCGUCUUUAACCCAGCUGUUGUGCACGUCGCCGGCCGGAUCUACUGUCUGUUCGCGAGGGUCUACCUAGCAAAGGACCCUUUCAGAAGAUGUAGGCUUGGAUACCUGGACCGGUCACCAUUCCUUGAUGGCUGGAGGGGACGCUCCACAAAUGUGCUGGCUGUCAUCCGGCUCUACCGGCGGCAGGACAGUCGCCAAUUGCAGGCCAAGUUGCUGGGCUACUCCUAUUUGGGGCACUCAAAUCAUGAGGACGGUCGUCUAUUCAAGGACAAGCAUGGCAGGCUCUUCGCGUACUUGGCACUACCCUUGGGCGCCCCUCCUAAGCGCGCAGUGAUCAACACUGUCUCCCGCGUCCUCAUCCGUUGUACCCGCGCAUCCGACAACUGCACCGUGUCGCUCGGCUAUCCCAGGCUCUUGUCCUAUUUCGGCGAAAGCGUCAUGGACAAAAACUGGGUGCCAUGGAACGGAACUGCGCUCAUGUCCUACUCGCAUUACGGGACGUUCGGACCACACUCCGUCUUCAAUUGGAGCUCUUACGACGAGCCCACUUUCCACACCGGGUUCGACUUUGUUGCUGAGGACUCGGUGUUUCCCAUGUUUGCAGCCCGCUAUGGCAAACUGAUGCACCUAUCCGGGGGCUCGCCGGCCAUCAUGGAGGACGGUGGCCAGUCGUUUUUGGCAGUGGGACACCUGAAGGCGCACCCGGGGUGCUUCCAUCCAGAGGUGACACCCGAGUGGUUCAACAGGUCCCUCUCCAGUACGAUGUACAGCCAAGUCCAGAGCCGGUGUGCCCAUCUGGCGUCCACCAGCAACACCGCGCAGAAGCAGGUGGAGCUCGGGGUGGCUUUCACUUUCGGGCAAGGAGCUGGUGUGGGUAUUCACUAUCCUCUGGAAUACGCCUUCUUCUUCUACAGGUUCAGUGCCACCCCUCCGUACAACAUGACCCACAUCAGCUACGGCUUCAUUCCCUUCAUCGGUGGUCACGCCUCGGAGCACACCGGCAUCGUGUUCCCCAUCGGCCUGGAGCGCCUCGGCCCAUCUGACUACAUCGUCACCUACGGCGACUCGGACCAGGCCAGCAAGAUCUUGCUCAUCGCAGCCAGCCAGGUGAACGCCAUGCUGUGGCCGCUGCCCGAGAUCCAGGAGCGCCUGGACGACUACACCGUUUGUGGUAAUAUGGUGGGAUGGUGCCUCCGACGUGACAGCCUUAUUACCCUGCACACAAAGCCACACACGCUAUGUGCUCUGGCGUCAUUCUCCCUAUCAUCACCUUCAAAGGAAUACAGCUGCAUUUCCUACUUGAUUGCUGUAGUAGCUGCUUCAGUAAAGGGGAGGCCUAUGACGGAUAAGGUAGGCAAUGAGAACAAAGGACGUCUGGUAAAGGAGUCCGGCAUGAGGGGCGAAAUGGUGUGA